GGCGGCCGCCCGUUUCUUCUCGGAGGUCACGCAACAGCCAUACAGCAGCUCUAGAAGUUGUUUUAACAUCCGCUAGAUGUCAAUUGCUUCGCGCCGGAAACGGCUGGGUCACGUCUCACUUCCGUCCCAUGGCGGAGCGGGCGGAGGGCGAGGAGUGAGCGAUCUGUCAGAGGCAGUCGCGAUGAGUUGUUGCAGACUGCAACAGCAGUGAGCUUUUAUAGCUUGGCAGUACCUAGAGCUUGUUGCUCGCUAGGGCUUCAGCUGUGUAUUUCUCCACCUGUGUGGAAGCAGCGAACUCUUCAGAUGCGAAAUUCUACAGUGGAACAAGCCGGGUGUCGCCGCCUUGAGUGAUGGAUUUGAUGCCUCCGUGCUCGGGACAUCACCGGUCACGUCAGGGACCCAGGAACCUCCCUUGGCUAGCAGGGCGGCAGCGGGCACGUGUGCGUCGUGGUCAGUGAUGGCAGCUUCGGUGCAUGCCUGCUGCCCAACACCGCUGCAGCCACGCGAGCGGCGACUCUCUGCGCAAGCUGAACUUGGUACUGGGGCACACCCACGGCCUCCCAGGCCACGCAGCCAUGUAGCAGCCGAGCAGCAGACUCCUGGCGAGCAGCGACGUAGUGCAGUGGAACGCCUGGAGGAGACUAAGGCACAGUACGUCAAGUCGGAACGAGUGCUGGACAGUCGUCAGGGGCUGCGCAGCCGUCGUUCCGAGGGCGCCACAUUCGAGCCACCCUUGCUGGCGCGGUCGCCCUCAGCCUACGAACUUGUUGAGCGGCUCAGGGCCUCUCCGCCAGCGGCUCUGCUUGCACGAGCACCCUCCCUGAAGCUCCGGCGAGCCCCGUCUCCGCCCAUGCGUGCGCGUGCCUUGUCCGAGACGCAGGCGAGGCGGCUGCUUCGUCCAACUAGGACCGACCAAGAUGUACAGCACCAGCUAAGGCGACUCAUUGCUGGUGAUACUCCGCCAUCCCUUACUCAGUCAUCCGGCCUGGCUGUGGUUCACAAGAGCCUGCCAGAUCUCUCACCAUCCCGAACACGGCGUGCUAGCACAGAGCUUCGAACAGCCGGUGAUCUGUACGGUGAGCAGUCUCCGGUUUACAGCAGAGACCGCUACUAUCGCAAGCCCCGACCUUCAUCGGAAACUGUCGUGGGCCGGAGCCUUUCAUUCCGGCCCCUCGACCUGCCGAGCCGAAACUGCGGUCUCAGAGCAGAGGCAGCUGCCUCUUCCAGGCGACCUGUGCUACGUUCCAAGUCCGAUGUGGCACACCGCAGCCAACCGGAUUUGGGGACGGGAGCCCGGGAUACGCAGCGGUCACUCCCCGAUCGCUUCUUCGACACCCUGGGCUUGGACGCAAGCACGUGGCACAGCGUCCUCUCACCAUCAUCAGGGUCAGGCUCAUCGCGCUACUUUGACAGCAUCAGUUCUGCAGACUCAUUGGGCCGGUCCUGUAGUCUGGCCGGCAGUGACUCGUCUUCAGUGGGCGGUGGCUGCGGUGGGGUCGAAGGCUGUGCGGGCCUGCGCAACCGAGACCUCAUUGACCACGGUCCGGCCGAGACGUCCAUCGUGGAGAAGAAUGCCAGGGUGAUCAAGUGGCUUUUCAAUUGUCGUAGGGCGACCAUUGGCUCCUGACCACAGUCGCCAAAGAUUCAAGCUAGCGUUUGUCCGAGGGUCAUGCAAGCAGUGUCGUAUAGUUUUCCUGCAGUGUGGUUGUAAGGAAGUGGUCAUGAGCAGUUGCAAAGGGAGAGGUUGCCCCAGAUUUUAUGGGUUGCUUUUCUACUGUUUUCAAUUGUCUGGUCUAGCUUUUAUUGUGGUAUUGCACAAACAGUUUUUGCCUUCACGUUUUAAGAUGAGGUUAUGUAUAAUGUGGAUGAUUUGCACAGCAAGUCUCCACUGGCUUGUCCAAUAGAUAGAAAGUGCUUCUAGUGUAACACUGUUAGACAAGAUGGGGUAUGCUGUAAUUGUCCACCUAUAGGACUGUUUGUUUUGGUCACUGCUGAUUAACGGAGCAGUACAAGCAAGGAGGGGGCGCCUGCCUUGUUGCUCGUAUCCUAGCCCAGCCAAUGAGUGCUUCAGCAGCAGGCGAAAUGGACAGUACUCUAGGUGAACACUUUCAGAACCCCCUUCACCGCCUAAGAAUCUUGUGGAUCUAGAACAUGAAUAUAUCUUCUUUCCCUAUUAACGCAAGAAACUUUUUUAUUGCUUACACGAAGCACAAAACAAUGUAUUUUCGUAUUUUAAUGAUAACCAUGCACGUUUAUAGCUUUAGUCAUGAUAUCAAUAGAAAUUCCAGUCACAUAGAGUGAAGUUAGGCAUUUGUAUAUUAGUCAUCAAUACACUACUGAUUCUGAUCUCGCUACGUCAUGCCGAAAUCAACCCACCGAAAUUGUACAGUUUCAAACAUGUACUUUGUAACACCAAUUCAGUUUGCUUCAUUUGGGAGAACACUCGUAUCAAAAAAACAUCAGCGCACAAGCCAGGCUGAAACCUCAGCGACACAAUCGCCCUCCACCCACCUAUCUACUGUCCGAUCAUAUUCUCUAUGCUGUACAUUUUUCUGUCCCUUAAAUAAGUAAAAGAAGUUAAAGUUUUUGAUGGCAAGUUUUGAGGACUGUUCUUAAUAUAACAGGUUCCUUGUUGCUGGACAGCACCACUCUCGAACACCAUGUUCUUUUUUUUAUUAUAAUUUAUUAUAAUUUUUUAACUUGAGUUCUUAGGGUUGAUGCCUAAUGUUACUUCCAUUGGCUCCGACUGCCUGCUUUGUUCUUUGAAAUGGAAGCCAAUUUUAUUUGGUUUUGCAGUAUAGGUAGUUCUGGGCUCUUGUCACACUCUCCUAUGUUUUCCCAAAUUGUCUUCUGUUGUGCACAUUGUCUCUCGGAAGAAGAGACUGUGAACAGAUGAAACAAAAAAUACUGAAAAACCACACAAGAUUAGCUUGUCUUAAGCUUUUCUCUUUCACUUGUUCAAACUCCCCUUCAAUAUGCAAGUGUGCUAACUCGUCCAAUCUUUCAUCGUUUUGUUGCCUGUUCCGCUUUGUUCUCAACAGCCUACUCUUCAUAUUUUACAUUGUAGAGCUCCUGAUGCCUUUAGUUCACACACACCGUAUUUUUACUCUCAUAAUGCUUUUUUUUUACCACAAAUAUGUGAAUUUGGGAAGUGCAUUUAUUACAAAAGGCUAUGUUUUUCGCAAGCAUAUGAGCACGCUAAUAUGCGACAACAGAGAUCUGUGAACAGGGUUUCUCGAACCAGUUUACAAAAUAAUUGGUGUUGAAGAACUCAAACCAAUUAUACUCACAUUUUUAUGAAUGAAUGAAUAUACAUUACACAUUAGCUGUACGCAAGAAUUGAAAAUAGUCUGUGCUUGUUACAAUGGACCCGCAUAUAACAGACUUUCGGCUAUAACUGACAAUAAUUCAACCUUAGUUUGGUCUGCCUAUUUUGUUAAUGCAAUGAAGUUCGAUUUUAAUGGACCGCACUACAAUGAACUAUCGGCUACAGCGGACGAAAUUAGCAGCUAUUUUUGUCAAAAUCGGGCGUAUAAAACAGACUUUUACCAUGUCGACACGGGCUGACAACUGACCUGCGAGAGUCAACGAUUGCAGCUCAAUAUCUUGCACGCACGCGAGGUAGGGAGAAAGGCGCCAUCUUUUGCAUGUGAGGCACAGGGGGGUGCGAGGGAAAGAGGGGGGGUUCUACUCCGGUGGCUGCUGUUAACGGCGCGGCCACGGGGUCACCGUAUCUUCUAAGCCAUCUGCGAUGUGAACAAAGUGUGCGCCCGGUGCCGGUAGCUCUGUAUGUGCCGUGCUUUCGACAUUUAGUUCACAUUGAAAUGAGACAGCACGAAGGUCAAUUUGAUCGCUGCUGCUCCCGCGCUUUUUUGAAAGUCCGAAGGGGGAGGAGGUGGCUUUUGUGUGGCACUGAGCCGUGCUUCCUCAAGGGCUGCAGAAGUAAGCGCCAAUCUUUCCUUUUCACAGCGAACCACUUCUCUCUCUCUCUCUCAUGUCGCCAUACCUAGAACUUAAGUUUAUCUGGUUUCCUGUGUCUAUAGCAGUAGCGUUCCAUUGCCUCCGAUCGCCCAACAUCAGACAGCCAUGGCCAGACACCUUGCUGUGGCUCAUCUACCCUGUCUUAACAAGUGUUGCUUGCCGAGGAGAGCCCAUCCUAACUAAAAGUCUCUGCAGUUUUCAGAAUAAAUGGAUGUCAGGAGGCACAACACUUUGAAAUCUCUCAGAGCUGCUGGCCUUCGUUUUACUGUGAACAACGGAUGCAAUAAGUUUCACAAAGGCUUCUAAGCAGGAUUAAUGACAUGGAUGUGAUCCAUCGUAGAGUAUCCUUUCCUGAAGCCAGCGUACUCCCUUAGUUGACUGAAGUCCAAUGUUGCCCUUAUUCUAUUGGAGAUUAUUUCGGUAAAUAUUUUAUAUAAUACUGGGAGUAAGCUAAUGGGCCUAAUUUUUCAGUUCUUUAACAUCGCCCUUUUUGUGGAUGAGUAUAAUGUUUGCAUUCUUCCAUAUAUGUAUGUAUGUAUGCAUGUAUGCAUGCAUGUAUGUGCACACACACACACACACACAAGAGAGAGAGAGGAGGGGAAGGAGUGGUAGUUGUCGGUAUCCUACAGCAGGCGCAUAGACAGCGUCAGUGACCAAACACCAUGUGUAAUGGUCACCAUUCUUUCAGAAUAAAGGCAUUGGUAUUACUUGCAUGCUAAGCCAUUAUGCUACCAACGUGAUGGCAAUAUUGUAAACGUGCAUCAUUGAGACAAGCAGCAAAAAAAAAAAAAUUAUACCCUGCAAAUGAUGUCAUAGUGCUACCACCUAGGUCCUGUUUGUCAGGUUACCACAGUGCUCAGUGCAGUAUAAUUUAUAUGGCCUGUUACAGCUAACACAUCACGAAAUACCACACAACUACUUAUUGGGACAGAUGAUUGCUUGCAAUGGCAAACACGUGGAUAGUGAUCUUUAUGUGAGGGAGGGAAGAGUUUUUUUUAUUACUUAUAGUAAGCGGGAAUUCAUUAUGUGAGGAAAUAUGGUAGUGCAAUCAAACAGCCAGGUUUGCUUGCCUACUUCGCUAUUUUGCCCCAGUGAAUUGCAGCACUGACCAUUGUUCACUCAGGCAGAAAUAGUGAACUGGAGAGCUAGCGCUUAUCAGUUCCUCAGGGUGUUAUCAAGGAAGCAGCAACAGUAUAUAAUGCAGUCAAUUGUGCAGUGAGCUCACGAACACAAAGCAUGUGUCUGAAUUUUCCUUUGUCAAGUCUAGAAGUUCCCGCUUUUACAGCAGACAGCGUGCAGUUAGCAACAUUGCUUUCUUCCCAUGAACUCUGUGCAUCGACAUUGCUUCCGUUGGCACCCACAGCAAGCACACCUUAAACCUGUGAGCUGUGCGCUUAUGUUUUUUAACAGUUCACUGUACAGUACUUAUAUUCAUUGCUUUCAAGGGACACGAAAAGCCAGAAUGUUUAGGCAAGGACGGCUGAAGUAGAACAAGAGUAAUGGCAGAUCACUAGAAGAGAGGUUCGGCCUGUAGUGGAAUUAAAAUAGGCUGAUAAUGAUGAAAGGGAAAAGUUUUGUCAAGAUAAAAGGGUAAUUGGUGGUCUAAAAUGACAAACGCAUUAUUGUUGCCUUUAAUGGAGCUUCGGUAAAUCAGAAGGUGAUGUAAAUACAGGUGAGGCUAAAUGUCACCACUUUAAAGACAGCUAUGUCCAUUUAAGCAGCCAAGUUUCAAGCAACACUAACUAUCCUGGAUGCACUUUGUUAAGAGCUAGCAAAAAAGCAAAUUUCAUUGUAUUUGGACAUCAGUUUGCCGAAUUUAGUUUUACUGCAGAGCUCUAUUGGAGCCUUUUGAGACCAAUUGGUAGGUCCUGUUAAUCAGUGUGGCACCCUGUGGUUGAUUCGCCAAGGACGGCAACACCCAGCAGAGCAUGACCUCCAAAAUUGCCAGUGCAGCACAAGGACAGUGCCCUACAUUGGCAAAUUAAUGGUGUAGUGCUUCCCCCUGCUUUUUAGAGCAGUCCAAAUUGAAGGAAGAUCCACCGCGAGGUUGCAAACUCCUCUCGGCAAUGUUCAUAUUCCCGUGAGGGUGCAGUGCAGAAACUCGUGUACCAAGGUUUGUGUGCAUCUGAAAGAGGCACUGAAAUGCUUUUAGAACGCAAUAAGAAAAAGUUUCCAGUCUGUAGACAGUCCCACCGCAGAUAUGCGAGCCAAAUUUCUUCCACUGCAUGCCGCAGAGAACCUACAGUCUCCGAUAAUGUCACCUGCUCUCUCCUAACAAGACUAAACUUACAGGAAGAUGGAGGCUUGAAGUGAUGAGCAGUAGUUGAACGAGGUGUGUCGCUGGAGCCAACCGACUAAGGGACUGUGUUUGUUGGGACAGCGACUGUUGCUGCCCUGACAAAGACAAGUCCCUUUGUUGAAAUGCUGGCUUCAGUGACAUCCCUUGUUCAACCACUGCUCAUCGCUGCACACCUGUGCAUCUGUCUGACCCAUCCUGUCGCCGCCCCUUUAUUACUGCGACAUCUUUGUUAGAUGCCAAAUUGCAGAGUUAAUAUAUUACAUUGUGGGAGCGGAAAAAAAAAAAGGGAGGGGGGAGGAGCAACGUGCAGGGCAUUGCUAUUAGCACCAUUUCAGUUGAAACUGAUGAGUUGAGCGGGGAGUGGGGAAAGUAAACAUUUCACUCAUUAUCAUAUCUCCUUUCAUAUUAGGUCCUUUUCAAAAAAUGCAUUCGGAAAUGUUUCCUGAAAGUAGUGCAUUGAUUCCAGCUUGGUGCUAAGGUUUUACAAAUAGAUGUUCCCAGUUGGCUCAGAUUAAUUCAGAGCCCUCCAUUGUGCCUCCUGUAUUAGCCACUAUGUUGCCUUAGGACAUUGAAAAACCAUAAUUAAAUUGAGAAAGAGACAUAUUGCCUUCAAAUGCGAUAUUCUUUUUUCAGCAACUAUGUCACCUCUUGGGCACAUGACCAACGCUGAGAAGUCUUCAGAAGUGUGAUCCGUUGCUCUCGCUAUACAACUUCAUAUUUGCCUUUGGUGUGCCUUUGUAACUAUAGGCUGUGCAUCAACACGACAUGGCAUAAAAAAUUGGUCACCAUGUUUGCUUUCAUGUUGGGAUUGUGCACCUUCGAUAGUGGCAGCCCCGUGUUAUGUUUCCUAUGUGCACCAAAGGAAUGUUUGGGACAGACCAUCUUUCAUAGCCACACUGCAGGAAAGGUCACUGUGAGAGUUCGUUUUGUAAACGCUGUCUAGUCAGGCGCCCGGGCCCAUAUGCAAUGGCUGCUCUCAGUGUCUCCUCCGUAGGUAUGUGGGCAGCUUUUCCUACACUACGUACACCGGUGCUAGUAAACAAAGAUAGCAUUUUUUGGGGUCUCAGUGUAUUUCUCGAAUUCUUUCUUGUCUAUGUCACGCACUCUUCAGGUGUUUAACAUGUAGUUUUAUGAGGACACUGAAAUCUUCUUUAUAGCCAAGAAUGGCUUUUAGCCAUGGCAUAGCUAUGUCCACUUGUGGCACUUUCUCAGAGUUUUUUUUUUUUUCUCAAGUGCUUUAUUUAUGUGCACGUAUUGAUCAUUUUAUGUAUAAAGCUGCAAGCAUGUGUAGAAUUUUUGUGCAUCAAGUCAGCAUCGUGCUGUCCAACAUUUGUCAGUGCCAGUUAACCGGAUUUAACUUAGUAUAUCGCAGCCACUGUUAAAAAGAAUCAGUUUAUGCAUUAUCAAAAAUUGUGUCAACUCUGGGCCACACAAUACUAGUAUAUGCAACAUGGCUUGAUGGCACAAAGAUUGUUCCACGUGCUUGAGGCUUUAGUCUUUGUCAGGGGCCUUUUUGUUGCUUGGUACUCUAGCUUAUGACUGCACUACAUUAGUCAAGAUAGAAAAGAGAUGGUCGCUGACAAGAGAGAAAGGAGUUACGUCGAGCUUUUACAAGAUGUUCUGCUGUGGCUUUUUUACUUUUGGAGCCAGUGAGAGCGUCAAAAGAGAGAUGAAAAUGAAAGGUAUAUCAUUGAUUUGGAAAUGUUAUAUAGCAAUUAAUUUCAGGGUCCUGUCCAAGAGCUUGAUCUGUGCACUGUGACUGAUUAGGCUUUACGCCGUCUCUGUAAGGCACACCCGGGCACUUCAGCCCUAUAGUCUGGGAGAAUUGUUAUAGCCUAUACAGGAUGCGCUGGCGCAUGUCUGAUACACCUUGUUAAUUUGCUUUGUUUUCUUUUGUACUUGCCUAUAUCUUUUAUAAAAGUAUUGAGCAGAUUAUUAUUAUAGUAUCAUUUUCUAUGUAUAGAAAUCUGGUCGUCUAGAAUGAACUCUUACUCUAUAUGCAUGCAUUCAGUACUUUUUGUUUGUGUGUUUGCACCCUUUCUCUUUGUUCAUUGUGGGCAGUUUGCGUUGUGUGUGUGAUGAAAGUGGCAAGGGACAAAUAAUUAGUGUUUUGCCCUUUAUCAUCAAAUGCUGCGCUACGCAGGACAAGGACUAACGUACAGCAGUCGCACCUUGGCUGCGCAGAACAAGUAUGCGAGAAAAAAUAAGUCCAAAGUUUCUUCGAAGAGGCAUCGACUUGAUGCAUGGCAGAAGGGAAACGAAUAGUGCAGGGCCCAUAGUGCGGUGUUGGUGGUGGCGUCAGUGCACUGUCUACAGUGCAUUGUCCUAUUUGUGGUCCUGUACCCCACAACUUUUGACGACGGCAUGUGCUCUCGUGCCCCGGCAAAAUUUUUUCCCACUGAAGCUGGACACUUGUCAUGUCAUUCUCUUCACCAUCAGCCAUCCCCACCUAGUGUGUGCACACAGCCGGCUUGCACAGCAACUGCUGUGCAAAUGUUGCAAACCCGCUGAUGCCUUGUUCCAACGCCCAGGUUUAGGCAGAAGUUGCCUAAGUGGGGUUGCAAGGCACUGCUUGGUUUAACAAUCAUGGAGGCCCUAGAAUGUGUGGCUGCCGUCACUUUCUGACAGCCCAUGCAUCCACGCUUCUAGUCUGAAAUGAGUGGGCUUAUCCACUUCCAUUGCUUCAGCCCACAAUGCUGCACUCCUUCGGAAUUGUGUCCUCAGGGAUUGGAAUCAAAAUUCAACCCCAGGUCAGCCAUAGGAUAACAAGCUUUCGAACUGUGCACACGCAUGCGCCACUCUUAUUGCUCACAGAUUUGUCCUAAGGACCCAAUGCUCACAGCCAGGUGAACUAGUUUGGCAAGUAGCGCUUCUGUAGGCUGACACAUGCUCGUCACUCCCUUUGGCCAUUGUGCAUUAUGCCUGAUCUGCACAGGAUGGUGUUCCAUGUCAACAAGCCAUUUUUGUAGGAAUUUCUUGUGGCGAGAAACAGUCGCUGCAGAGAUUCACUUGUACCAUUACUGUCCACAGAAAUAGUUUAUUCUUACUUAUCUUGAGAUAUGGGAUCAGUUGUGAAAAUGAAUAAUCACAGCAGUUGUAAACCAGAACACCGGGAUUAUGACAGGGUCCACAAUGGAGAGCAAAUUUGCAUAGACUGAAAACAAAUUCUGCCCUCGUUCCCCACAAUUUCAAGAGUCCAAGGAGCUCUUUACAUUCCAGUCACGUAGCCAAACAACAGCUCUAAUGUGGCCACCUGCGCUGUGGCUUCUAAAUUUUUUACAAAGGCUGUAUUACAUUGGAGGAACCAUGUUAGCAGUGCAAAUCUGCUUUCAGGUAUCACUGUUUCAAACUGUGGAACAAGUGUCAAGCAAUUCAGCAGCCCUUAAAUGCUCACCAUGUGGAUUGUCUAUGGUUUCCUUGUGCGUGAUGUAAUGUGUGCUGCUGAAUCGUGAAACCUGAAAUAACUGAAUCGCAAAUGUUGUCAAUUGUGUAGACUCACAUAGAGCAAAGGAAGCACAUACCACAGUUCAUCUUUCUGUGGUAGAAUGCAUGCCAGUUGCUUCAUGAAGCAAAGCAUCCUGAAGCAGUAUUCUCAGGCAAGAUAGUUUCACUUUGGCAAGGCCCAGCACUAGGCAUGUCCUCGUAUACGGUUGAGUGUUUCUGGCACUGUGCCAAACUCGCCAUCUUCGCACAGUGCCCAAGAGCGCUGUCAGCCAUAUAUGCAUCCAGUUCAGAGUCUCAGGUCGCGGGAUUGAAUCCUGGCCACGGCGGCCGCAUUUCGAUGGGGGCGAAAUGCGAAAACACCUGUGUACUUAGAUUUAGGUGCACGUUAAAGAUCCCCAGGUGGUCGAAAUUUCCGGAGUCCUCCACUGCGGCGUGCCUCAUAAUCAGAAAGUGGUUUUGGCAAGUAAAAUCCCAUAAUUAAAAAAAAAAGUUCGAGUCUCACCAAAGUGAAACUAUCUCUGAAAAUGAUCGCCGAGAAUACCGCCCCUGUUGUAAACCUUCCAUGAUCUGCUAGCUGUCAGUGAUAGUUGUUGCAUCAGUGCUCCUAGUUUCAUAAUAGAUGCCUUAUCUCUUAAGCUGCUCAAAUUGACUGUCAGUUAUCUUCAUCUUUCUUUUUUCUUCUUGUGGGAGUCAUCCAGAGAUAUUAAUAACCUGUGAAACCAUAACCAUCCAGUGCAGAUCAUAGCCCACCGCCAUUUUUGUAUUGGACUUCAUGAAGGUUUAUCAUAGCUGUAGGUCAGCGAUAUAGUAUCAGUGUUGUCAGAGUCAGCCUAGCGAGCAGAUUCAAGGCUGUGACUCCUUGACAAGUCUCAAGUAGUGCUUUAUGCCCUGCCUCCAUUUGUAAGCACGUUUGGGAUAUUGCAAAGUUAAUACUCUACACUAUUGGAAGUUUUACAUAUUCCAAGCAGCAUUGUCAUUGCUCAUGCAUGUAGUGCUCCCUCUGUGGUUUCCACCUAUUGGUAAGACUUGUACAUGCAUGAGGAUGCUGUGACCUUUUGGCAACACAUCUUCAAUUCUGCAUGCCAAGCUUACACCUCAGAUUCAAAAGCACCAAAGAAAUUCGUCUGGUUUAAGGUAUAUUGGGCAAAUUUGAAGAUGGCUGUUCUAAAAGUUUUGUUAAUAUGCACAGAGUGUUAAGAGAGUGCAUGAGGAUGUCUUGCUAGCUUAUGGCUCAAGUAGUAGGAUCCUGUUGAAGUGCCAUUGCCUUCAAUAUGUGUUGUCAGGCAAGCUGACUAAAUUACUAGUCUUCCGAAUAAAUAGCAUUCAAAAUAUUAUAUUUGUUAUGUCAGAAAUAUUUCUCUGGAUUGAGGCAGAGUGUCUCUUUUUGGCAAUGAAUAUUGAGAAAUUCAAAAUUUCAUCUUCUUGUAUUGAUGAAUGUGUGCUUAUGGCACUGAAGUGCAAAGAAAUGUGCUAAAUAUUUUCCAGAAACCUUAAUUAGCACCUGAAGGCCUGUGGUAUUGUCAAGGAGUGGAUGCUGAAGAUGACGAUCGUAGCACAGCAUGCCGGGAAGGGUGUAAAAUUUUUAACAGUGUAGGGCCCAGACACAAGCCAAGAUGUCCAGACAGCUGUCCUGAGCACCCCUUUUGGUGCAUGUGGCAGCACAGAGUCGGAGAGGCUUUGCUCAAGUGCUUUCCAAAUGGGGACAUGGCAUUUGACUUUUAUGAUGGUGGAUGGAACUGUUUCUCUUUGUGUGAGGUGAUUCUGUGUUUUGUAACUGCAGAUGAGAGAGAAACAAUAUGGCAACGACAUUUAUCCUAGCCACACUGCUGGUGAAGCCAGUGUCCAUCGAAUUGCUGCCCAAUCUUUUUUUUUUUUCAGGGUGGCAGAGAAUGUCUAUCACAGCUUGUUUGUACUCUUGAGUAGCGAUUAUUCUUGAAUAAAAUUAGUGAAUAAUUUACAGCUA